ACACUGCAACAGUCCAGCUUCACUCCUACAAUUCACCUCCAUCCAACAAAACCAUGAAAACCUUCACAGCAGCCCUUUCUGUACUUUUUGUGGUUGUCUUCUGCUACCAGGCCACCUCUUCGCCAAUUUCUCUCAGCUUUGGUCCCUGCUGUGUUGCGUACAUCACCAGACCAUUGCCCUUGAGCCGUGUGGUAAAGUAUGAGCGUACGGGCGACCACUGCUCUCUACCAGCUGUGAUAUUUACCACCAUCCAGGACAAGCUGGUCUGUGCCAACCCUAAUGACAAGUGGGUCAAGGACAUAAGGAAUCAAUUAAAGGACAAUAAGCACAGUGGAUGAGCAAUACCCUGCUCUCUCCAAGCACCUCUCUUCAGCAAGGACGUGCUCUCAUGGACACCUCGAAGACAUAUUCUAUUUUCUCAUUGCCUGGGAAUUUGGCAGAGUAUUCAACUCAGUCUUUAGCUCUUUUAUGGAAGGUUGUGCAAAGGCAGUCUUAAUUUAUUUGACAUUUUCAGUGAAACUUUUCGUUCUCCUUUGUACUGAAGAUGUUAAA